AUGGUCACCAAAGGGCUAAAUAGGGCAUAUUUUUCUGUCUUAAAAGGAAACUACGACAGAGAACUAAAUGUGCAGAAUGUCCAGCAGGCAGGUGGAUCUCGGAUGCUGAAUGUGACAUGGAACAACGACACGGUAGGUCGGUUUCCCUUCGUUUUCCUCCGCGACAACUGCCAAUGUUCCGAGUGUUUCCACGAAUCUUCAGUCCAGCGAACGUACGACACGUUUAACAAGCUAGAUAUGCACAUUCAACCCCAGAGAGUCGAGGUUUUACAAAAUGGUGAACAAAUCUCCAUCACUUGGCCAGACAAACAUGUUAGUCUCUUUAGCUCGCAGUGGCUUCAUUCUAGACAGGCUACUGAACAGGCAAAUACGACGAAGGAGCGAUCGUCCCUUCAGAGAGAGGGAGUAAGAGUUUGGAACGCCAAUAAACUCCAGGGCAAGAUCCCAAGCUACAAUUUUCAAGACGUCAUUGAAGACGACUUUACAUUGUACGAAUGGUUGCACUCGCUUCAUAGUGUAGGAAUUGCGCUAUUGAAAAAUACACCACGACAACCAGGCGAAUGCAAUCAACUAUGCGCAAGAGUGGGGUAUACAAAGACGACAAAUUUUGGGUAUGUAAAUUAUUUUUCCGUUAAUAAAUGACUUUACCUCAGUAUGCGAAUCAAACCCGGUGAACGAUUGUAGUUUCAUUUGCAGGGCACCUGAAAACAUUGGACUAACGUAAAAUUAAUUUCAAAAUGUUGCCAAUUUCAUUAAAAUGCACAUCAAGUAUAAAGACGGAAAACCGCGAUCAAAAUUGGACACGUCGUUGGUUAAUUUGCCGAGCGGGGGAAACCUUCCAACUUUACACUCACACCAUGGGAAUUUACUUUCUGAAACGCCGGUUUUUCAUGGAGUGACCAUAACAAUUUACAGUUUUCCCUUCCCAACGACAAUUUUUGGAAAAUAUCUGUUCGGAAGACGAUUUGAGAUCUAGAAUUUUCGGAACAUUUGUUGUCAAUUUCUUGCUUGCUUGCCUCUCCUAGGAUUUUCGAACAUCUAAAAAGUGGUAUAAUUGCCCAUUUUUAACGGAUUUUUACUCUAGAAAGGUCACCUAGAAUUUUCGGGAGCCUUUUUUCUGGAUGAAAUAUUCCAAAAGGUAAGUUUUGAUCCCUAUACUUUCCGCAUCACUAGACUUUCAGCUAGGAAAUCCGAACAGAUGAAAAAUUUUUAGGGGAUAAAAAUAUGCCUAUAGCUACCGUUUAAUAGACUGCGUCGCAGACGCUCUAAACCUUCUAUAUAGAGCGUCUGCGAAUUAGUGCACAAUAUCGUGUUCGAAUCCUGACUUUAGAGUAGCUUGAACAACAGAUGUUUUUUUGCGUAAUUAAUACAGUGCAUGGAGUAUUCUACAAUUUGACUGAGCAAUAUAUAUAUUUUUUGCUGCCUUGAGACUCACCUUUAGCUACAUUUAGAGGUUGUGAAGCUGGUCUGUUCCAUGCAUAUUGAGUAAUUAGUUCCUGUGGUUUACAGUCAAACAAAGUCAAGCGUACCCCCCAAGAUUCUAUCAGUGAAUUGAUUAUUUGAAAAAUGAAUCCGUUAGUCGUUCCCGUAACUGAUGUCAAAUUCAAAGCGGCAUUUCUUCAUGCGUAAUGAGCAGUGAAUACUUUUGCAUCAAGCUACAUCAAUUUCAGGAAAGUGGAGCUGGUAGAAAUUUCAUAACUGCCUCGCGUGUGAAUUCACGGCUCAUUACACAUACAAGAAUGCAGAGAUCAAUCUGAAAUCUACAACUAGCAACGGAUUCAACUUUUGAAUAAUACGCUUGACCUGGUUUGACUGUAAUUUUUGGCAAAUGUUUUCUGAGAGGAUUUGAUCACAGAUGCAUAAAUGAUUUUCCUUUACCUCUGUUUAAGCCUUAAGCUUUUUUAUUGCGGCUAAACAACCUUAGUUUCAUUGGCUUUCAACAAAAUGCCUGGACCUGAAUAGCUGUGUAGUUUUUUGAUCGUGAAUAUCGUGAUGAUUUCCUGAUUUGUUUUCACUCUAGAACAGUCGGCUAGAUUGCAAAAUAUGCGGUGGUGCAUCUGCAGCGAUUGGAAGACGCCGGAAACCCAGCCGGUAAAUUUACAACGAAAUUCUGGCCUUGAAGAAAUUAUCUCAAAGGACUUUUUGCUUAGCCUGAAUUUCAUCCGAUUACUUCGAGUCGUUAUUACUCCCUCAGUAACGUCUGAAUCGACCGGCCGUUAAUGCCGUCCAGUGACGUCACUACUCCUUGACCUUCGCUUUAAUUCAUGCACAAAGUAAAACACGAUUUUCAAGUAGCAAACCGAGAAAUAUCGUUUGGAAAUGUCUGCAUGAUACGGAACUGCUUUAUUUUUUUCGAUCGUAAUUCAUGUUUAACGUUCAAACUAUCAACUGCAUGCAGUACAACUCUGAACCGGUUGUACUAAAUUCUAUAAUCAAACUCGGUCGCAAUCACGCAAUGAAAUAAACACACACACGGAACACUUAGUUCAAAAACCCAAUGAUUUGCAUUAAUUGAAAAGAAGCUAUUUGGUCCUUAACAAAGAAAAGAAAACAAGGAGACAAGAAAGAAAAGCUAACAGAAUCAUUACACUUGACGGUAAAAAUAGCGAGAAGGUCGAAUUAUAACACUGAUCUCAGAAAACUUCGCGUAAACAAAAUCACCGGCCGCCGAUGACCACAAAGCGGCUCUAAAUGAAAAACCUACCGACUCUCUGCAAUGAUUUUUCAUUCGCAGUUCAAUUGAACAUUUCAGUUUCGAAGACAAGGGCAAUUUUGCUGUUUAAGAUAAAGAUUAACCUUAUCGAAAUGUUUGAACUAAACGAAAGAAUGCUAGGGAUGCGAUCCGCUGAAUAUCGACUUUAAGAGCUCUACUACGGCUGUUGUAACCGGGAGGGGCUGGAGCGACUACGCGGUCUCCCGCCAAAACUCAAAAUGGUAAAGUUACGCUCGGUACGGCAACGUCACAACCGUCACAAAAUGUAAAGAAACUCGGACGACAGGACUAGUUUUCCCGUCUAGGUUUUGGUUGAUUUCUCUUCAAUGGUUUCGUUUAAAGAAAUAACAGACCUUGCUGUGCUUUCUUAUGGCAUGAAUUUCGUAAAUGAUGCUGAAUUUCUGUUGUUAUAUAAUUCGUAUAGCUCAGAAAACCUUUAUUUGCCAUAUCAUUUGUAUCCCGAGUUCGACCUUUAAAAUUUCAACGAAGAUGAAUGUCUGACAGAAUUUCGUUUCAAAAAAGCUGACAUCCCAAGGCUUGCACGGGCUUUACAAAUCCCUGAUGUUAUAAGACGCUACCAAGGAACGAUUGCGACGGAAUUGAACAUUUAGUCUAAAUCUGUCGGGAUUGAACUAAUAUAAAUGUCAUACAACUUUAAUUCAUUUCAAUGAGCGUUCGCUCGCUCUAGCNACGAAGAUGAAUGUCUGACAGAAUUUCGUUUCAAAAAAGCUGACAUCCCAAGGCUUGCACGGGCUUUACAAAUCCCUGAUGUUAUAAGACGCUACCAAGGAACGAUUGCGACGGAAUUGAACAUUUAGUCUAAAUCUGUCGGGAUUGAACUAAUAUAAAUGUCAUACAACUUUAAUUCAUUUCAAUGAGCGUUCGCUCGCUCUAGCACCGGUAAAUUAUAAAAAUUUUAAUCUCAAAGCGAAACAAGUUGUUAGGAACAUCCCUGGCAAAUAAGCCAAAAGAUAAAAAUAUUUUUGUAAUAGGUACUCGUGAAAUUAAGUCUUGACAAUCACUUAUUGAAACUAAAAUUAAACUUCUAUAAGCUUAAAUAAGCACUCUUUAGAGGAUUUCUUGUCUGCAGCCAUGAUUAUAACGUAUCCAAAUCCUUUGAGUUUUUGCUUAAAUAACGAAGCAAUAAUACCUAACGAAUAUCUAAGUAUGACUAAGUACUUAGUCUUUGAAGUAAGCUUCUCAGAAAAGUAAAAUAAGCUUUAAAAUGGCAAAGAAAUGACAGUUAAUACUCACGUAGUGAAGAGUACGGCAAAGAAGGCAAUUUGAGGCAGCAGAAAACGAGGCUACGGCGGGAAAGCCGUACUGCAACUCGCGUGGUGACGUCACCGGAAGUGAUUUUGACAUUAUGUAGCUGUAGUAACCCCUUGCCGUAGCGAAUCUUAAAGUCCCUAAUAUCAAGCGAAAUUUUUCACUACGCGGUUUUCGGGUAGUGAGUGACGUCAGUGGACGCCAUUAACGGCCGGUCGAUUCACAGGCGGCCCAAAGUCACGUUACGAGGGAAGGGUGUAAUGUAAAACAUAUCAUAGGCGACGCGCCGGUGUCGCGUUACAGGCGACCGUUGAAAAUAGAAGAGACUUUGUAUGAGAAAUAUAUCACUGAGAUCUGCGAGUAAGAUUUAGCGUUAUUUAGCGUUCGCAGAUCUCAGUGAUAUAUUUCUCAUACAAAGUCUCUUAUAUUUUCAACGGUCGCCUGUAACGCGACACCGGCGCGUCGCCUAUGGUAUGUUUUACAUUACACCCUUCCCUCGUAACGUGACUUUGGGCCGCCUGUGGUCGAUUCAGACGUUGUUGAGAGGAGAAAACGACUCGAAGCAAUCGGAUGAAUUUCAGGCUACUUUUUGCUCAGAAGACGGCUUUAAAAUUCGAACUAAUCUUUCAGUCUUUACUGUUAACGAUCCUUGCCAACUCCCUUCUGUGAAUUUUUACAUGUCACUGCGCCCAACCGUCACAGACACAUAAAAAUUAGGCCAAUUGUGAGUUUCGUAAGAAACCCGCCUAUCAGAAACGCUCACAUAUGUCUUUGCGACUCUGCAGGAUAUUAGAACGAGCUUUUGUGCAGUAAUUCGCAGACGGACUAUACAAAGGGUUUAGACGAGUGUGUGGCUAGCCUCCCACGCAGGCCUUUUUAGGGGAGCUCGUAUUUCGUCCCUCUCCACAACGGCUGCAAAGCAGGCUACCGUUUAAAUACUAAAAUACGUUCAACAAUGCUAUGUUUAAGUGGUUUUGAACUAUAUUCUCGUUGGGUGCCCCUGAAAACCCAGAAUUAA